UAAUCGUCGCAAGCCAAGCACAACACUGCCCCCUGCCGUGGCUGUUCUACAGGGCGACAUAGGUCGGGGAACCAAUGGCAAAAUUCCACCAAUGGGAAAAUCCAGACCGAAAAUCCCACCAUGACGCCAUUCGGGAUGUUGACCUGGAUUUCUUAGCUAAGAUGACCAAUGGCUUUUCGGGGGCUGACCUGACAGAAAUUUGCCAGCGUGCCUGCAAACUGGCUAUCCGUGAGUCCAUCGAGAGUGAGAUCAGACGAGAAAGAGAAAGGCAGACCAACCCUUCUGCCAUGGAAGUGGAGGAGGAUGACCCAGUUCCUGAGAUCCGCCGGGAUCACUUUGAGGAGGCCAUGCGCUUUGCUCGGCGCUCUGUCAGUGACAAUGACAUCAGGAAAUACGAGAUGUUUGCACAGACUCUACAGCAGAGCCGUGGCUUUGGCAGCUUCAGGUUCCCAUCAAGUAACCAGGGCAGUGCUGGUCCAAGCCAAGGCACAGGAGGCAACAGCGGGGGCAACGUGUACAGUGAAGACAAUGAUGAUGAUCUCUACGGUUAACUUGCUGUCCUCUGUGGACUGAACCCUACAUCAGGCCACGUUGUACAGGAAAAAAAAAUCCAAUGUUAGUGAACUCUUAGCUUCUUCAUUCCUCAGUUAGAAUGGUGUAAGCUGCAUGUCAGACUUUAUAUGGGGGAUGUUUUCUGCAAACACAAAUCCAGACCAGUGUUCAGUUGGGAGGCAGACAGUGCAUUAACAAGGAGGGGAACCAACUUAAAUUCUCAGAAAUUUCCAUUUUAGUUUAUGUGGCAGAAUCAGCAGCUUUAACAAAGAGUAUGAUGCUAGCCUGUAUAAAAAAAAAAAAACCCACAAAAAU